GGGGGCGUGGUAAUCGUUCGAGUGCAAUUAACAAACAAAGCUCUACUUUUAGUGCAAGCAAUUGCUGGUAGUUGAGUGGUAUGUUUUGAGAUUAAUCAUGAAAAUACUGCAUUGCUAAUUGAAGCAUAGAAAAUCAUGUCGCUCUUUAAAGGAGCCUCAAGAACUGUGUUCAGAGCUACUGCUGCGCAAAGAGCAGCAACUUCAAUAUGUGGCACGAGAACAGCGGCGACUAGCAGUCGAAUGACUAUAGAAAGCCAACAAAAGGUUUGUUUCUGGUUAAUUGGUCUUUACAAUAGCAAAGUUAAUUCUGUUCGUAAUAGCUACUCUCAGCAAACCUUGAACACGCAGAUCCAGCAGUCUUCAGUAUUCUCCAAAAUGUAUGAUUUCCCCUCACUGGAUCCUCUAUCGAUGAUAAAAAGGACUAAACCAUCUUGUACAGGAGAAAAGAAGGCAGAAGCACUUCAUUAACCUUAUUCCUUCCGAAAACUUCACAUCACAAGCUGUUUUGGAUGCAUUGGGAAGUGUUAUGCAAAGUACGUUAGGUUACGAUAGAGGAAUGAGCCAAUAUUGACUUUCUGACAGAUAAAUAUUCCGAAGGAUACCCGGGUGCAAGAUAUUAUGGAGGAAACGAAUUUAUUGAUGAAUCCGAAAGAUUAUGCCAAUCCCGCGCUCUACAGACUUUUGGAUUGAAGGAAUCAGAAUGGGGAGUUAAUGUUCAACGUAGGUCUUUCAUUUGAUAUGGGUGUGUUCUUUGCUCAUAAAUUGUUUAGCAUUAUCCGGCUCUCCAGCAAAUCUCUACGCAUACUCCGCUCUCGCAAACACUCAUGACAGAAUAAUGGGAUUAGAUUUACCUCAUGGUGGCCAUCUUUCUCAUGGAUACCAAACUCCUACGAAAAAAAUAUCGGCUAUUUCAAAAUACUUCGAAACUUUACCGUAUAGAUUGGACGAAAGCACAGGACUUAUUGAUUACGCCAAAUUGGAGGAGCUUGCAACAUUAUAUAGACCAAAAAUUAUUGUUGCCGGUACCUCAGCGUAUAGCAGACUCAUCGAGUAUGAGCGUAUGCGUGAGAUUGCUGACAAAGUUGGGGCAUAUCUGUUGGCUGAUAUGGCACAUAUUUCGGGUCUCGUUGCGGCAAAAGUCGUUCCUAGUCCUUUCGAUUAUGCAGAUGUCGUCACCACUACCACACAUAAAUCACUCAGGGGUCCUCGAGGUGCUAUGAUUUUCUUUAGAAAGGGAGUCAGAAGAGUCAAUCCAAAAACAAAGGAAGAAGAGAUGUGGAAUCUUGAAGAUCCAAUUAAUGCAUCAGUCUUCCCGGGACAUCAAGGAGGUCCCCAUAACCAUACUAUCACUGCAUUGGCAGUUGCACUGAAACAGGCACAAAGUGUUGAAUUCAGAGCUUACCAAGAAGCAGUUUUACUAAACGCAAAAGCAUUCGCAAAGCGUCUGGGUGACUCAAAAGAUAAAGGAGGUCUCGGCUACUCCAUUGUAUCGGGAGGUACAGAUAACCAUCUUGUACUCAUUGACUUGAAACCUCAAGGAGUUGAUGGUGCCCGAGUUGAACGUGUUCUCGAACUCGUUGGAGUAGCAUCCAACAAGAAUACCGUUCCGGGAGACAAAUCCGCGCUUAAGCCUGGUGGACUAAGAAUGGGUACACCAGCUAUGACUACUCGUGGUUUUCAACCUGAUGACUUCGUCCGUGUUGCCGAUGUUGUAAAUAGAGCCGUCACCAUAACUCAACGAUUAGACAAAACUGCAAAGGAGGCUGCAGAAGCAAAGGGAAGAAAGAACCCUGGUAGUGUAAAGGCUUUCUUGGAGUAUCUUGGCGAUGGUGAAAAUGAGAGGGAGAUUGUACAGUUGAGAAGUGAAGUUGAGGAGUGGGUUGGCACUUUCUCAUUACCAUGGGAGGAAAGUAGCUAGAGAGGAAGACACCGAAUGAAUUUUAAUGGGAUAUGCAGCAACGGCUUUUGGGCAAUCUGAUCUUAGGAUAGGAAGUGCUAUGGCGGCUUGCAUUGUGAAUGAUAAUAUUAUACAUGGGUUUGAUCU